AUCGCAGGCUGAUAGGUUAUGUCAGAGCACGGACGGCAAGCUCGUCGCGCGAUUUGUUUGUCGCGCAGCCCCCCGAGAAAGUAUGGCGAUGUGGGAGAGCGACAAGUUCCAAGAGGACGACAACGCGGAUGGUAUCGGGGGCAAUUUCGACAAUAUCCUCGUGACGCACGAUCUGCAGGAUUGCCUGGACGACACCUCCCUGGACCUGUCCAGCUUCGAGAAGGUCUACGAACAGAGCGCGGUGUUCGAUUACGGGAAGUACUCCGACGACGAUGCUGCUAUCAACGAGGGGCUACCUGUCGAUGACAACACGGCCGAGCGUAUCCAUCAUGCCAGUUCAGAUGAAAUUUAUAUGCGAAUUCAUCAAGGUCAAGAUGAUGCGUUACUUGAGGAUCGUGCUACCUUGGGACAUCCCUUCGAAACUGUCAUGAUUGAAAGUAUAGAACCAGAUAUUAAUCAGAAGCAUAUCAAUCGUUACAAUUGCCAAUACGAAGGCUGCACCAGAACAUAUAGUACCAUUGGAAAUUUGCGUACUCACAUGAAAACACACAAAGGCGAGUAUCGAUUUAAAUGCGCAGAGCCGAGUUGUGGCAAGGCCUUUCUCACGUCCUACAGUCUAAAGAUCCACAUUAGGGUACACACAAAAGUAAAACCAUUUGAAUGCAAUCACAAAGGCUGCGAGAAAGCGUUCAAUACCCUUUACAGACUGAGAGCUCACCAAAGACUUCAUAGUGGCAACACAUUCAACUGCGAAGAGACUGGAUGCGUUAAAUUCUUUACUACUCUAAGCGAUCUCAAGAAACAUAUACGUACUCAUACUCAAGAAAGACCGUACAAAUGCAGAGAAAAGGGUUGCGGAAAAGCCUUUACGGCUUCACACCAUUUAAAAACGCACAAGAGGACACAUACAGGCGAACGGCCGUACGUUUGUACCUUUGAAAGUUGUAAACGACGUUUUACUACUCCUCAUAGCUUAAAGAGCCACAUAAAAACACAUAACAAAACUGUGAAUAAUGAUACGAAACAUAAGAAUAAUAGAAGUAAUGAUGUGGCUGAGAAGCAGAAGAAGUUAACUCAAUUAGAAUUGAAACUUGUAAAGGUUAGCGCAAGCAACACCACUAUACCAUCGUACACUGUCAUACCAAUAUCCACAGAUCUUAUGCAAAAUGAUGGAAACAUGCCAUAUGUGCCUGCGAAAAAUUUAGCAGAACAAGUAACUUCCACUAAUGUAAUGGAUAUUAUGACUCAUCGCAAGUUGGAUGCAAAGCUCGGUUAUAUUUCUACCAAAGACGAAGAAGCCUCGAAUGGAACUACGGGAGUUGCGCUUCUUGCAACGGAUAUCGUUUUAGAUAAUUUCAACGAACACGCAGUCAACGUUUUUAACAAUAAUGAGAACUAUAACGAAUUUAAAGUAUUUAAUCAAAUGACUGAAUCAAAUGCGCAGCAUGAUAAUUUAAUGGAUGUAGUCGGGCAUCAGAAUCAUCCGCACAAGUCAGCUUCGUUACCAGAAGCGCACAGUGACAGUAUAACUAGACAGGAUCAAUCUAUCCCGAUAAAUUUAGGACAGAAGAUUAUGCAAGAUGGUUUACAAAAUGCGAUAGCACACAUUUCUGAGGGGACAAGUUUCACGAAUAAUAUGAAACAGUUUAAAAAUAAACCUAUUACUGGUUCUGACGAUGUAUUUACAAACCGGUCAAAUGCAGAAAAUAUAUCUGAUAACAGCAGCAAUGCGUUAUACGAUGCCAAUUGCAUUACUAGUCAUAUUACUGAUAUUAUAAGUUCCUCGAACGAAGCCCACCUUUUCGAGAGCGGAAUGGAUUCUCUCUCGUUCAUAAAUGACACAAAUUUGCAAAAUGAGUCUCUUAUUGCGGCUUCAAAUCAUGAUUUGCACGCGAACGCUGUUACAAACGCUCAGUCCGAAGCCGUUGAACUUGCGAUAGCGACUGAAGAGGAAUUACCUUCUUCUUGGAUAGAUGUGAUGGCAUUAGCAACCGCACCCGCAUUGAGAGCACAAUCUUGGUCAGAAUUAAAUGCCUUUCCCACCGUUCAUUCUCUAGUGGAUUUAGUAGGUCCAGAGCCUUAUCCGCUAGAGAUGGAGACUCAAUUACCUACGGAAAACUUGAAAAAUGUCGACGCGAUGAAUACGCAGCACACUUCGGCAAACGUCGAUAUACAAAGCCAAAAAAUUGCAGAAUAUGAACAUAAGACAGGUAAUGUAAAGAACAAGGAUAGAAAUAUUCUUCAGGAGAUCACGGCAGAUGCUGAUAUAUGUAAAUGUAUUGAUUGUAAAUGCGACAACUUACAAAAUUGUCAAAACUGCACAAAUAACCCGGCGGAAGUAACGAAAAAAGACACGGCACAAAUCGUAAACGACUUUGUGUCAUCUUUGCAAAAUAAAUGUUCCUGCAACGCCGAGUCCGGUGGUUGUGAUUCUUGCUGUGUUGUAAUCUGUCUAAAGACAUUGCAGCAGCUACAAAAAAUAUUUAGCAACUGUUGUAAGAAUACUAGCAAUGCUGCUACAAAUGCAUGCUGUAGGGAAAAGUUGUUACCAUCCUUGAUGAAAUGUCAACUAGCCAAGAAUCAGUGAUUCAUAAAUAUUCUUUACUAAUUUUAACUAGUCACGCAAAAAAUAAUGCUGUAUCUCUAUGCUAAUCCCCAAAAAAGAUUUGUGAUUUUACACCCGAUAGCUUUAAAUAUUAGGCAACUUUUGCCUUUCGAAUAUUUUAUCUAGGACGAAUUGAGAAUAUGCGACUGUACAUAUACAUGCUAUAUCUGAGAGUCUGUUAAAGAGAUUCUGCAUAUUCUAUAUACAUAUAAUGUAUUCUAUGCAUUAUUUUGUGCCAAAUAUUUGUAGACUUUUUACAAAAGUGUUUAUACGUAUAAAAUUACUGUUGCAUAAUUUAUAAUAAUAAACAAAAUGUCCGCAAUUUCACAUUGAUUGUUCACAAACGUAAUUUAAAAAGAAAAUUGACAAUUGACAAUAUAGGUACAUAUGCAAGGAAUGCAAGGAAAAAUGCGUACUAUACAAUUAUUUUUAUAAAAAUAGGUUACUUUGACAUAAACAAAUAAUGUUUUAUAAAUAUAUCUGGUUUCAUAAUUUUUUGUGCAACGCAAAAAUGAAUAGAUAGUAUACUUUUUUGAUAUUUAAAUUACACAAGUAUGCUGCUUCUUAUAUAGUUUUGAUCUAUAAGUCAACAUGUUAUAAUAUUGCUGAGAAACUUGUCACAAAUUUAAGAGUGUUAAAAUAUGUGCAGCAUAUUAAUGAUAUCUUCUUUUUUAAUUUUUAUUUAUAUAAAUACAAGAAUAAUGUAAUAGUUGUAUGUUUAAGAAUUUUAUUUAUUUAACUCGUGAAUGUUUGUUUCCAGAUCAUAUAGCGUUAACCCUAGGAAUAUUAUUUUACUUUAUUGUUAAUAUACGCGAUAUCUCCGAGAAAAAGCUUUUGCUAGUGUACGUUAGUAAAGGAGAACUUGAUAUUUCCUCAGUUAAUCAGGAAGUGCCAAAUACUUAUAAACAUCUAAAGUAUUUAUAAUGUUACUGCUAUAACGUUACUAAGUUUUAGGUUUCAACUAGAAUUUAGUAUUUUAUGUUGCAUUAUUGUAAUGAAUAGAUUGGAGAAAUGUUAAUUUUUAACAAUUUUAGCGUGGAAAUUUUUAUGGCUGUUACAAGUACUUGCAAUAAAAUCAAUGUACCUAAAAUAGCUUGUAAAUAACAGCAUAUUUAUUAUGUUGUUAAUGAACAAAUAUAAAAGCUAACUCAAUAAAGAAUCUAUAACAACUA